AUGGCAACAAAAGCUAAAGAAACUACUGCCAUUGGGAAGGAGAAGAAGGCCCCAUCAUCAAAUUCUCACAUUACAACCACCAAAAGGACCACUAAACCAUCCACAACAACAAAUAACUCAACUAAGAAGGCAAACUCAAUCCCAAUAGAGAAAAACACCCCCAACUAUCUAAAGCCCACAUUAAGCUCACGCCUUGAAUCCCCAUCCCUCAAACACCCCAAGAGUGACACUCCCAAUAAGCCUUCUCCAAAUAGAAGAAAUUCUUUAGACAAGCCACUUCCCUCUUCAAAGUUAACCAAACAAACACAGCCCUCUUCUUCAAGACUACAAUGCCCACGAGAGAGGUCCUUAUCACUUGGAUCAUCCAUUGGCCCAAUUAAUAGAAGUACAUACUCCUCCAAACCCAUUUCAGGUAGGACCUCAAAUACCCCAAGUGAAGUUAAAGCUAAGCCACUAGUUGCUAAGAGCACAAAGAAAAGCACCCCUAGCACUAAGAAAGUAGCUAAUAAUAAUGAGAAUGCUUCUGCUAUCUCAUCAAAGAGAACUUCUAUAGAAACUUCAACUGUUGAAAGUGAGCAAGUUAAAGAAGUUACAAGUCAAGAAUUUGAAGUAAUAAAGGUGGAGAAUGAAGAGCACAUACGUGAGAUUGAACAUGUAACUGAUAUUUUACUUGAUGUUGAUUCUGAACAUGAGCUUGGACAUGUUCAUGGGAUUGACAACUUUCAUCCAACUCAUGAUCAAGUUGAUGAUGAAGAAAGGGUCAUUUCAACGGUGUCAGAAGCUGAUGAAGCAGAAAAGGAGCCACAAGAAGUGAGAGAAAAUGAUUUGGAACAACAUGAAUUAGAAGAAGAGAAUAUAAAACAAGAUGAAGGCAACAAUAAUGAGAGUGAUCAACAAGAAGUCCAUUCUUCAACUGAAGGAGAAAUUAAUGUUAAUGGAAACGAAAAUGAAGAUGAAGGUGAAGGUGGAAUGAUUAUAAUAGAAGAUCAUAAAAGUGAAAACAAAAAUAAUGAGGAAGCAAUAGAGGAAAAAAAGGAAGAUGUUGAAAGUGUUGAAGAGGCUAAGGUGGAACCAACACAAUUAAGGCAACAAUUAGGAGCAAGUAGACAAGGGAGCAAGAAGGAGUCUCAAGUAUCUAAUGAUGUGAUUGAGGAAACUGCAAGCAAGCUUUUGGAGGCAAGGAAGAACAAGGUGAGGGCAUUGGCUGGGGCAUUUCAAACUGUUAUUGAUUAUCAAACCACAUCCAAAUGA